UUAGCAGAAAUGUGCAUUACGCUCUAAUCAACGUCCAGCCGUUGUAACGUUGAUUUAAACAGUAACGGUUAUUUUUUGACAAGCAGUUAAAGUAUCGCAGCGGCUGUCGAGCAGCUUUUAGCAUGUAAGCUAACGUUGGGAUGCUGUUAGAGGACGGACCGCCUGCAACGAUGCUAACGGCCGUAAUGUUAACGUUUGUGUAUUUGGAAAAUGAUCACCGUAGCUAAAAGGCAGUGAUAUUUUCUGUGUGUCUCCAUCCCAUAAUUCUCAACCCGUGAUAUAAACCAACAGACGUGAUGCCUAAUGCCAGUGCAAAGCCAAAGCAUGGCAGGAGGACCCGCAGGCGACGAAGAGAGGACCCUGCCAGGAACGAGCUGGUCUCUAGCUCCCUAGAAAGUGCCCAGCAGUGCCUCUUCAACCAAGAUUAUGGGACUGCAUUUGUGCACUACCUUCUGGUCCUGAAUCUUGCACCUAUGUUUAAGGACUUUGCGAGGGAGUCCUUCAGGUUCACUCUCUUCAAAUGGACAGAGGAGCUGGACUCUGUGGGUCGCAUUCAGGACCUCUUUGACUGUUACGAACAAGCGCUGGAGCUGUUUCCUGCUGAUGAGGUCAUCCUGAACAGCAUGGGUGAACACCUGUUCAGGAUGGGCUUCAGAGAUGAAGCAGCGGGUCAUUUCCAUAAAGCCUUGAAGCUGAGACCAGACUAUCCAGAGGCUAGAGAGAACUUCUACCGUGUGGCCAACUGGCUGGUGGAGCGCUGGCAUUUCUUAAUGCUUAAUGACCACGAGAGGAACCGGAAGUACCAGCAAGCUAUUCAGAAGGCUGUGCAGAGCGGCUGCAACACUGUACUUGACAUAGGUACUGGCACUGGGAUCCUUGGUAUGUGUGCAAAGAAGGCAGGAGCUGCUGAGGUGUACGCCUGUGAGCUGUCGAAGACGAUGUAUGAAUUGGCCUGUGAGGUACUGACUGCUAAUGGGAUGGAUGGUAGCAUAAAGAUCGUCCAUAUGAAGUCUCUGGAGAUGGAGGUGCCAAAGGACAUCCCACACAGGGUAUCCUUGGUGGUGACAGAGACGGUAGAUGCAGGAUUAUUUGGAGAGGGCAUAAUAGAGAGUCUCAUUCAUGCCUGGCACCACCUCCUGCUCCCUCCACAGAGAGGUGAGAAUGAGUUCCAGGAGCAGUCUGCAACAGGACGGGUCAUCCCCGCCGGAGCCACUGUGUUUGGUAUGGCUGUUGAGUCCCUGGAGAUCCGCAGGCAUCACAGGCUUUGUGUAUCAGAGGUGGGCAGUCUGUCCUUAGCUGCAGCCGGGGAGCUCCGUAGCCCAGUGAGCUGCAGCCCCGAGCCGGACGACUCCAUGGAGCCAUACACCACAGAGAGACUGAGCAGACUGCCAGGGGGAUAUAAAUCUCUCACAGAGCCAUUCAUGGCCCUCAACAUAGAUUUCAACAACGUGCAGGAGCUGGAGGGGCUGAGCUCCAGGGAGGUUCAGCAGAUCCGCCUGCCUGUCACUCAGGAGGGGGAGCUGGACGCUCUGGCUGUGUGGUUCCAGCUCCACCUGGAUGAGGAGAGCAGUCUGUCUACUGGACCCCAGGAGGACACAUGCUGGGAGCAGGCCAUCUACCCUGUCCACAGCACCAAGGGUUUUGUCCUGAAACCUCAAGACGAGCUGCUUGUCGAAGUCUCCUGCAGAGAUUCCUUCCUGAGGCUCUGCAGUGUCGCUGUGCUGAGAGACGGGCAUGAAAUCCGUCUAGACAAGCGUCCAGAUUUGCAGGACUCUGGAACCCCCGUUUCAAAUCUAAACCCAGAGGCAGAACUGUGCAGCGCGCUAGCAUGUCUUCAGACUGACCAGAAUCAAACUAAAGACUUCUGCAUGCUGGAGUGUUCGGAAAUGGCGCUCCUGAACAAUCAGGAUUACCAUCAGAGUUUCUGCAGCGCUCUGGCCAAACUCAUGUCUCAACUGAAGGUGAAAUGCCAAAACAAAGAGCGAGGAUCAGGUGUUCAGUCUGACCUCACUGACUCUGCAGACUGUAGUGACCUGCUCUAUGUCCUGGAUGUGUCAGAGGGCUUCUCCCUGCUUUCCCUCAUCGCGGCCAGCCAAGGUCAUGUAAAAGCAUACAGCUCAGUGGAAAAGAACAAGCAACAGGAAGUCCUGAAGAGACUGGCUCGCUCCAAUAAUGUCCCAGAGCAGCGUCUAGAGUUCUGGCUCAACCACAUGGAGGAUGAGCAGGGGAUGCUGAAGAGGCCGUCCAGGGAGAAGCUGUGGAGCGCCAUCAUGCUGGACUGUGUGGAGACUUGUGGUCUCAUUAGACAGAAGCUGAUGGAGAAAGCUUCACUGGCCAGGUGUCUGCUGGAGGACGGAGGACGUAUUUUCCCAGCAAAGAUUGUGGUGCACGGCAUGCUGGUGGAGUCGGAAACAUUGCUGCUGGAAAGUGCUGUCCAGGGUCAGGAGCCAACACUGGGAUUCAACAUUGCUCCUUUCAUCAACCAGUUCACUGUGCCGGUCCAUGUGUUUUUGGACUUUUCCACACUGGUGUGCCGACAUCUCAGUGAGUCUUUGGAGCUCUUUGUUCUUGACCUAAUGGACUCCACCGCAAACUACACUAACAGAGAAGUAAAGGUUCAGGCUACGUCAACAGGCAGAAUAACUGCAGUUCCCUUCUGGUACCACAUCUACCUGGAUGAGGAGAUCAGUGUCAGCACCCUCAACAGGAACUCUCACUGGAAGCAGGCUGCUGUUGUGCUGCAGCAGCCCCUGGAGGUACAAGCCGGAGACUGGGUCCGCCUCGCUGUGAAGCUUCACAAGAGCACCAUCUCCAUGUCGGCUCAUAUAGAUAACACACCUGGGCCGAUGGAGCAAUGAUCUCUGUCACUGUAGUUUUCCCUAGUAAUUUCAUUUCUGUAUAUUUUAAGCCUCAAUUGAAUAGAGGCUUUUGACACAUCAGGAAAUGCAUGAAAUAUUAUGCAUUCCUUUUCUUGUAUCGUUUACAGAUUUGCCUUUUUCAGUAUAAUUUUUCAUAAAUGUUACACCUGUCUUCAGAGUUUUCCCAGACACAUUUAGUAGAAGCCUGCACCAGCCAUACCUUUGUAAGUAUCAGUGGAAAGCUGAGUCAUCGCAGUCACCUUCAAGUUAUAUUUUUAUCUGUAAAAUGUGCUAUAAGAUCACAGGACAUAUAUAAUUUAUACUUAUAAAUAUAUUUGUAAGUAUAUUAUAUAAAUAUUGUAGUCUUUUGGUCAUGGGCGCUGUUGUUUGUCAGUAUCAAUUAAAAAAAAAACUUCCACCAACAA